ACAUGUAUGCAACACAAAGACCACUUUAAAUCGGAAAUGAAAUCCACAACGUACAUUUCGUUCCUAGUUUUGGCGCUCCUAGCACCCGAGGGACUUCUGCAUGUGCAGGACUACCCUUUCCGUAACACAUCACUUCCGUGGGACGCACGUGUAAAAGACCUCGUGGACAGACUGACCAUUGAAGAGAUUGUUGUUCAAAUGAGCAGGGGAGGGUCCGGCCCCCGGGCAAGUCCCGCUCCUGCUGUCCCGCGCCUGGGGGUCGGGCCGUUCAGCUGGAACACCGAAUGUCUGAGGGGAGACGUGUACGCAGGGAACGCCACCUCUUUCCCUCAGGCCCUGGGGCUUGCGGCGACCUUCAGCACGGAAGUGAUAUGUGACGUAGCUUCCGCCACGUCCAUUGAGGUGCGCGCCAAAUUCAACGACUACCAGAGGCGGAAAAUAUACGGGGACCACAAAGGGAUCAGCUGUUUCAGUCCCGUCAUCAACAUCAUGAGGCACCCACUCUGGGGUAGAAAUCAGGAAACGUACGGAGAAGAUCCGUUUCUUUCUGGUGAGUUGGCGGCCAUAUUUGUAAAGUGUUUACAGGGAGACGAUCCAACGUACAUCCGGGCUAACGCUGGUUGUAAACACUUCGACGUUCAUGGCGGCCCAGAAAAUAUACCUGUGUCUAGAUUCUCUUUUGACGCGAAAGUAUCGGAAAGAGACUGGAGACUGACGUUUUUACCAGCGUUCAAAAGAUGUGUCCAGGCUGGGUCUUACAGUUUGAUGUGUAGCUUCAACAGGAUAAAUGGAGUCCCUGCCUGUGGGAACAAGCGUCUACUGACGGACAUUCUGAGGACGGAGUGGGGGUUCACGGGAUACGUGGUCAGUGACCAGGAGGCCAUAGAAAACAUUAUGACGUAUCACCACUACACCAACAACUCCGUGGACACGGCCGCACUCUGUGUGAAGGCGGGCUGUAACCUGGAACUGUCCACGAACGAAGUCAAACCCACGUAUUUCUAUAUCAUUGAUGCACUAAAAGCUGGAAAGCUGGACAAAGAGGAUUUAGUGAAGAGUGUAUCGCCAUUGUUCUACACACGCAUGCGCCUUGGAGAGUUUGAUCCACCCGAUCACAACCCUUACAAUUUUUUAGAUCUCUCUGUCAUUCAAAGCGAAGAACACAGGGCUAUAUCACUGAACGCCGCGAUGAAGUCGUUCGUUCUUUUGAAAAACAAGGGCGGAUUUCUUCCCAUAAGCAAACUUUUAAACACAAUUUCUGUCCUGGGUCCUAUGGCGGAUAAUAAAUAUCAACAAAUAGGGAGUUAUGCGCCUGACGUGAUGCCUACCUAUACGACAACGCCAUUACAGGGUCUGUCCAAACUUUCCAAAAGAGUCCAGUACGCAGCCGGAUGUAACGACAACGCAUGCUCAAAAUACAACAGAACAGAAAUACAAAGAGCAGUGAACUCUUCUGAGAUUAUCUUUGUUUGUCUAGGAACAGGCCCCAUGAUAGAAAAUGAGGACCACGACAGGGCUAGCAUUGAGUUACCAGGGCAACAGGCACAGCUCCUUAGGGAUGCCAUUACUUUUUCUGCAAAGGGGGUACCAAUUGUUCUGCUUCUGUUCAACGGGGGACCAGUCAACAUCACGUGGGCAGAUCGGAGCGACCGGGUGGUGGCCAUAAUGGAAUGUUUCUUUCCCGCGCAGGAGACAGGGGAAGCUGUGUUGAGGGUGGUCACCAACACGGGGAAUUCCUCCAACCCCGCGGGCAGGCUGCCAUAUACAUGGCCAAAAUAUCAGGAUCAGAUACCAUCUAUGGUGAACUACAGUAUGGAGGGGAGAACGUAUCGUUAUUUCCAUGGCGACCCACUGUAUCCGUUUGGGUACGGGCUGUCUUACUCCACGUUUAAUUUUACAAACGCUUGGAUGAACCCGAUCAUAAGUCAGGGCCAGGAUUUGACUGUUCGAGUUGAGGUCCACAACGAGGGUCCCACGGAUGGUGAUGAGGUUAUACAGGUCUAUCUGAAAUGGCUGGACACCAACGAGACCAUGCCAAUCCAUCAGUUGGUCGGAUUUGAACGCGUGUCCCUGCGCGCCAAAGAAACUCUGAGCUGGCUAAUUACCGUAAGGGCAGAAAAUAUGGCGGUCUGGAAUGAAUCAAGAGGGUUUUACAUAGAACCAGGUCGAUACAGAUUGUACAUCGGGGGACAACAACCAGAUCAAAGCAAGACACUUCCGUCAAAUGUACUGAUCUCUUCUGUUAAAGGAGAUCAAUACAGUCAAAAAAUUAACCACGAUUAUCGAGCCAUCUUAAUGCAAGUGUUAUGUAAGAUUUGUGUAUCAUAUACGGCAACAUGUUUAUUGUCAAGAUCACCCAGGCGUUUGAUUAAACAUUACGUUUGACACACUUAAUGAAGCGUCUGAUAUGUACCGAUUACUGUAUUCAUCUUAUCUUAUAGAACUGAGAGUCAAAAGUGUGGGCCGAUGUAUAUUGCUGUUAUGAUUGCCAUAUAUAUUACAUACUAGGUGGUAGAUAUAGAGUUAUAUGUCUCCAUUUCAAUAUAGGUUGCUCUGCUUUGCAGAUAUCUGUCUGUAGACAAUUUGUUGUGCGUUCGAUCAAUGUUUCUUGAGCCAUUUAUCUGUUUUAUUUCUACUAAGGAUUGUCACAGAAUACACAAUCAUAUAGACGAUCAUUGCAAUAAUUUUAAAAAGUGUGUUGUAUUUAUGGAAGUAUAUAUAACCCACAACUACAUGUAUCUAACAGUUUAGGGUUUUUUUCAAUAUUUUAUAUAUAAUGUACAUUUUUUCAUAAAUAUAGUUUGAAAUGUAGCCAUGCAAAUUGGAUUAGACAAUAUGUUAAAUAGGAAUACAUAAUAUCACCAUUAGAACAACUGACUAUUGCAUUCUUAUCCAUACUAUAUCUAUAACAUCGUAUAAAAACCUAAAUCUCAAUUUUUGUAAUUUCGCUUAUUAACUUCAAACAAUUCGAUUUCUCAAUUUGAUUUUAUUUAAUUUCAUUUACAUGCAGUUACAAAUCAAUAGUCAAUAUUAUUGAGUUAUUUUUUUUUUUUUUUUGUUUAC